AUGAGCAGCAGUAAUAAUUCAAACUACAAUGCCCGGCGAGGUUAUGCGACAACAACGACGGGUGAAUCCCAAGGGAAUUAUGUAUCGUCCAGUCUAAGGCGCUCACACCUUUAUGGGAAGCGUGGGACCUUGUUGAAUCUGGGCGGUACUGGCACCGGCGCCGAAGAUACUGGUUCUCUCUCGUCUAACGCAUAUUCUCGGCUCGAUGGGACCCGGCCUAUUAGUAACAGUCAACCGUCUGCAUUGCCGACUGCGAGUGAGUAUUUUGCCCGGGAAGCUGCUACAUCGGUGGCACGGUCUAAAUCACCGGCUGUCCCAUGGUCGCGGACUGCCUCGAGGUUCAAAAUCAACGGAGUCCCUUCGACGUCAUCUUACGGUCUCCCACCGACCCCGGAGAGCGAUGUUUCGGUAUCGAGAAUAGCUACCCCGCCAAAGCAACGAGACCAUCAAUUCAACGUUGAUAUGAUGCAGAGGAUGACACAGCACGCAAAGAUAUCGCCACUGAAUCAGUAUAAUAAUCUAAAGAAGGAACUGGCGGAGGAUAAUCUUGUCGUUGAUGGUGCCAACGUGGAUAGGCUGGUGGCACGGGCCGGUGAACGGGUAUCUGGAGCAAAUUGGGGAUAUGAACCAACAUCAGGAGACCAAUUGUCCUCAAGGCGUGUGGCAUUUCGAUCCCCGGAAGCGGUGGAAGGUGCGAGGGAGGCUUCUCGGAGGCUAAAUGGUGCCUCUACCAUUGAUCGCCCGAGUAGUCUGUAUGAGCCAGCACCCAAACCGGCUGAACCUAUCAGCUCGAGACCUGAUAUGUAUGCUGAACUCAAGCGGACAUUGAGUGAGAGCUCCAGUGAAAGACCAAAAAGGGUGGCGCUGCCGCUUGCAAAUCAGAAACAGCUGCCUCCUUUAUCCCCGGUACACAGACGUCAUGUCGAAAUCAGACCUAGGAGGCCGGUUGCUGGUUCACAUUCCAAUACUCCUUCUCCAGUCCAGAAUGACUACUAUCCACAGGAAAAUCGACCUAAAACUUCCCAGGGAGAACCUGUCGACUGGCUAGCUGCUGCUCAGGGUGUUGAAGAGAAACCUAGCACAAGGAGAAGACAGCGUCCGCUAUCAACUGGGACACCGCUUACAAAUACUGCUAGGGGGACUACGAGACAAUCUGAUCAAUUCGGCGGCGAACUGAAAAGGGGGGGAACGGAUUCGCGGGCUAUAGCGCCGGCGUCAAAGCUGGUUGAGAACGUACCACAAACCAAAACCGAACCCCGGAUAUCACCUGUAGCCAAGCUGCCAUCGGCUCUUAGUAAUAGCUAUAUGCAGCAUGAUCUCGUUGAUUUCGUGUCGGAGGAUGACUUGACAUUGAAUUUGACGCGUGAAAGCAAACCACCUAUUGCUUUCAGAGGAACUCCUGCGGCUAAUACCAAAAAGCCUGCGGCGAGCAGACCGAGCAAAGGGCAGGAUGCUUCAUUUCUUCAGAGCACAAAGAAAACUGACCCGGACGAAACGCUGGACACACUUAGACAGUUAAGCCGGCUUUUGAGUGGGAGUACCCCGAAUAAGGAUGAGGGGCGAAAAAUACUCGAACUUGCUGCGGCAAGAUCGAAUAAAAAAGCAGCUGAAGCAAAGCAAGUGACGAAACCACCAGUUAUAGCUGAUGCUCGGCAACCCUAUAAACAUCAAUCAAGACCACUGUCAACAAGGAAGCAGAAUCCACAAGGUGUUGGUCCAAGUAAGCUUGACUUUGAUCCUAAACCUGUUGACCCUGAGCGUUAUAAGGACGUUGGGUUGGCUAGCAUCCUCAGCAACCAGUCAGGUCUAAGACGCACACCUGCUUCAACACACAAAACACAACAAAAACCUCUCAGGAAACCAAACUUUCACAAAAAACCAUCGACAUCAUCGACAUCAACCUCCACCAUCAAAUUCGAAGACGACUACGAAACUGACGACUCCCUCGAUAGACUCUUAACUAACGACACUGAUUACGCGUCUUUGCUCAAACCUGCUGCUUUCGAAGACGAGACUUUCCUUCAGGGUACCAUUCAAGUCUCGGACCAGUCAAUCUCCACAAUGCCACAAGACUUUGAGACGCUUGCUCUCCGCACCAAAGUUCUUAACAACCUUCAAACCGUCCAACUAGAUAUCAGAGAGACGCGAAAGGGACUCGAGAACAUCGAACGAAGAUUUGGUCUUCUUGAAGACGAAGGUAUGUUGGCCAAACUAUCAGGGUCUCCUGCAAAGCCCACGGCUCCAGAGCCAGCAACAACUGCGCCUCCCCGAAUUAUUAUGAUCAACCGGCGGAGGCAGCGACCUGCUGGAAAGCCUCUAUUCCAAAAGCCGUGGACAUUUAGAGACUACUUUUGUGCCAUCCUCUUCAUCGUUUUGGCCCUUGCCGCCAUCGAAUUCAAACUAUGGUCCGACACGAUCAUCCCUCAAUACUCUCGGGUAUCUUCCGAUGAGUGGUUCGCAAAACAUCCCGUUGGUUCUUACAGACCUGGAGGGACCUUCCGAGCGGUUAUUCAAGCAUUCGUCUUGAUUGGAUAUGGUCUCCUGUACAUGCUCGAGCAAACCCUUGCGAUGAUAUUGUGGAUGCUUGCCGGGGUUCAAUGGCUCGAAAUCAGGGUCAUGGACUCGAUAGCUCCACCACCACCAGGGGUUGCAGAAUAUGCAAAUACGACCCUCGUCUCGACAAUGAUCCCGACCCUGACAUCAACUUCUAGCAUGACUACUACGGAAGUUUUGGUUUACGGCCAGAACAUCGCCAAUGACGUUCAAAAUGCUCUUCCGGCACUAUAG